AUGCAGAGGCAUUUACACAAGCUAACAAAAAAUAUGAGCGCUGUCAUCAUCCAAGAAGAAGCGCUGCUCAGCCUUGAUCCUGUCGCAGCUGCAUGCUCAAUGAUGAAUCAAACUAUUAAGGAUGCAGGCAUCCAGAACGACGCUCUCCUGAGUGAAGUGUUGUACGAGUGCAAGAAGGAACUCAUGGAAAAGUCUGCAAUCGAAGAGACAAUUUCUGAACUUAUGGAUGUUAAGAUCCCUAUGCUGCAAGCUGAACAACUCCCGGCCAUGGAGAAUGAGAAGCGUUCCAUUCCUGAAUGCUCGCUCCAGAAAAGUGUUAGUUCUGGAUGCCUCAACUCGGCAGAUCGGAUGAAUGGAGCUGUCAGGCCAAACUUUCUAGACUUCCAAGGGCUGGACUUUGAGGCAACGUUUGGGCUGAGGAGAGCUUACAGUGAAGGAGACAUUCAGAACCUUGGAGCCAACACGCCUCGACCAGCAGCAAAUGUUUGUGUGACCAUCAGUGACCUCAAGGCCGAAGAAAGGAAGCAAAAGCUUUCUAGGUAUAGAAAAAAGAAGAUCAAGCGGAACUUUGGCAGGAAGAUUAAGUAUGCUUGUAGGAAGGCUCUGGCAGACAGCCAGCCAAGGGUGAGAGGGAGAUUUGCCAAGAUCGAAGAAUGCGACUUGCUGCUGCUGAAUUCAGGCACUUAUAUGGAGGUUCAAUCGAUCAUUCAGCUGUUCAAAAUCCACCUCCUCUACCCAGCCGUUUUGGUGCGAGCCGAGGGAGUGAAGAGCUGAAAGUGGUGGUAGUCUAGUUGGUUAGCUAGCCCCUGUACAAAGGCUUGAAUGAAGAUGGCAAUAAAACUCAGCUCUCCCCUCUGCUUGCUUGGCA